GUUCUUAUGCUCGCACAGUAAUGAUCUGCGUUGAGACUCAACAUUUUAAUCUUAAUCGGAUCCUGCUACUUGCACUCGGCUUAUGGCCGUAUCAAAAAUCAAAAUUUAGUCAAUUUCAGGCAAUUUUGUGUUUUGGUAUUUUGACAAGCUUUGUUGUAUUCCAGAUCCUUGGUACUAUCUUGUACAUAAACGAGUCUCAACUACAGAGUCACACAAUACAAAUCGUGACAGAAUAUUUUGUCGAUCAAGAAAAAUAUUACUAUUUAAUUUUACUGCAUAAAGACGUAGUUUUUUGUAUUGGAGUGACUACAUCAACAGCGAUAGGAUCAACAGGCUUAGGAUGUGCCAUACACGCAUGUGGAAUAUUUAAAAUUGCAAGCAAAUUAAUUAAUCAUAGUUAUCGUGUGGAGCAAAUAAUGACGACCGAAAUGCUUAAAAACAUUAACUUGAAGAAACGGGCUAUGAUUUAUAAGAAAAAAAUAUUUUAUGCCGUCGAAAUACAUUGCAAGGCUAUAAAGUUCAUCAACGCAGGGAUAUCUAAUUUUAAAGGCUUGCUUCUGUUAAUAGUAAUAUUUGGUGUGAUUUGUUUGAGCCUGAAUAUUUAUGCAGUGUACUGGAAUGCAACGCAUGGAAAUAAGGAUGAAGUUUUAUUUUAUCUUUUUAUAAUAUUUGCCUUUUUUUCAUAUUAUUUUAUAAGUAACUACGUUGGAGAAGUGCUUCUCAGUCAUAAUAAUUAUAUAUACUCCACCACAUACAAUAUUCGAUGGUAUAUGGCACCAUUACACGUACAGAAAAUGAUACUUUUUAUUUUACAAAGAGGCAGUCAAACUACCCAUCUAAGUAUUGCCGGACUGUUUACACCAUCAUUAGAAAAUUUCGUUAUAAUAACAAAAGCAUCAAUAUCUUAUUUCACUGUUUUAUGUUCUAUGCAGCAAUGAUGCGAAGACAUUCUGUCUGACAAAAAUGAGCCAGAAAAUAUUUUUUAUGUUUGAAAUAGUAAAAUGUAGAAUAUUAAAAUGUGUGUCACGUUAAUAAAAUCUGCAAAAAUUUAAUUAUACAUCCUAAUAACAGCAUUUUGUUUUCUGACUAUUGCACUCUUUAGAUAAUUAAGAAAACAAAAACUAAUAAUAAUUUAUUUUCCUCUAAUGAAUACCUAUCUUACAUUAUGAAAUAUGUGCGUCAAGUAGGACGUUUCCUGAAAAAAAUAUGAAACAAAAUGAAUGAUAUAGUACAGAAUAUUUUAAAGUUAGUUUUUUUUAUAAAUGUUACACAGAGUUAACAUGAAUAUUUUUGAACGAGUAUAAUAAUAUCAAUUUCCGCUUAAUAUAAAGCAGUAAAGUAAAAGAAAAAAGAGAGAUAGAAGCAAAUCUAUUAAUUUCUCCGCAGUCCAGUUCCUAUGCUCGCACAGUAAUGAUCUGCGUUGAGACUCAACCUUUUAAUCUCAAUCGGAUCUUCCUACUCGCAAUCGGCUUAUGGCCAAAUCAAAAAUCAAAACUUAGUCAACUUCAGGCAACUUUGUGUUUUAGUAUUCUGACAAGCUUUAUUGUAUU